AUGGAUUCUGAUCCUGCUGCUGAUUUUCCCUCGGACAACAAGGCUCGUCGCUCUGUUACCCCUGAUUUUGCAUCUACCAACGAAGAGCCUGUCUACGACGACACCCACAGGCCUGACAACCAAGACGACGACGACGAUUUGUUUGGAGAUGAUGAUAACGACAACAACAACGAGCAUCGUGAUAACAUAGAUGCUCACCAACACCCUGGAAGUGACCCCAUUGACGACGAUAACGAGGACUACAUCGACGAAGACCAACAGGAGGAUCCUGACUUGAAGCAAGAAAACAUUGAAAUAGCAAGACAUCCAGCUUCCCAUAUUCCUUCCAAAAAUGAAAACUAUCUAAUUCAAUUGCCCAAUUUUCUAUCUGUUGAUCCCAAACAAUUUGAACGUGAUAAAGUAUUGAAAAAACUUGAAAGAGAGGCCUCUAACGAUAAUGGAAUGAUGAACAAAUUAAUUGCCAACAAUACAAUAAGAUGGAGAUAUGUUCAGGAUUCUGGUUCAUUGAAAAAGCAGUCGAAUGCUCAUUUUAUUGAAUGGGAUGAUGGCUCACUAUCGUUAAAAAUAGGCUCAGAGUUUUUCGAUGUUAUAACCAGUGAUUUGAACGAUAAUUUCUUGGUUGUUCGUCACUGGGAUACAAUGUUUUUACAAACCAACUCGAUUUUCACAAAAACAAUGAAAUUCACCCCCUCUUCUGUCUCUUCGUUGACUCACAGAAAAUUGGCCUUAUUUAAUAAAAGAAAAAAUGUUGGUCGAAAAGCUGUUGCAGAAGAAAUUGAUAUUGAAGAGGAUCCUCUUAAAGAAAUAAGAGAAUUAGAAGAACAAGAAGCCAUCAACGAUAAAAAAUUAAGAAGAGAAAAAUUGAAAAAACUUCAGCAAGAAGAAAGAGAACUCAAUGCUGUGUCGUACAAUGCAAGAUCAUCAAAAAUGGACGAUUAUAAUGGUGAAAAUGAUUUAUAUGAUGAAACAAUGAAUUAUAAAGAUAUAAAUGAAUAUGAUGACGAAGAUGAUGAUGACUUUGUGGCCAAUGAUGAAGAAGAAAUCGAGCAGUACGAUGAAGGUUCUGAUGACGAUUUAGAAAAAGCUGAAAGAUUACGUAGAAUAAAAGAAAGUGGUACUGAUUUAUAUUCUAAACGUCCCAAUGAUAGUAGAGGUGAGACUGGUUACGAUGAAAGAAAAAAUCGUAAGAAAAGAAGAGUUAUUGAUUCUGAAAGUGAAGAUGAUUACUAG